GUUAAGGCUGUAAUUAAUGUGAUUGGUUAUCAAGGCACACGUGAAUGAGUUCUCGCAUGGUAGAGCCGCGGAGGUUGAUAUCUCCCCAAGUUUAGACCCUCUCUGCUCAGACUCGAAACAACAGGAAGACAGAAACGGAAACAGCAGAAGAACAAAGAAAAUGAAAGUGUGUGAAUGCACUAUGGAUUAUUUGUGCAAUUUCAAAAGAACGUGGAUAAUGGGGCAGUAUUUAAAAAGUAUUAUGUGAGAAAGGGGAAUAAAGCCUGUGAAAAAUAAAUCACGGGAUGUCUCUGGGAGAACAGAUGAGAAACAACUGAUUGAUCAAUAUCACGCAAGCGUUGCAAAAUGUAUGUAAUAGCAAGGAUACUAACAACCAUUGCUUUGUUUCACCUGGGACUGUGCAUGGACUUACCUGCCCCUGUACAUCUGGUCCUGUCUUCACAAUAUUUAGUCCAUUUGUUGUCCUGGAAAAUGGGGCCAGGCUCACCCGAUGGUGUCCACUAUACAGUCAGCGUGCAUGCACUCAAUGGGGGCGAGGUGGUGGUGGAGGAGUGUGAAAAGGUGACCUUUCCUCUGCAGUGUAAUCUCACAGAAGCCUUUUCUGAUCUGGAAGACACCUAUUACGUCAGUGUGUCUGCUGCUCUGGGCAACCUUACCUCACCAUCUUCCUUCUGCAACCCAUUCAAACCCAUUUAUAACACGACCUUUGAGCCUCCGCUGCUGACAGUAACUACAUGUAAUCAGUCGCUCUGUAUAAGUCUCAGAGCACCUGCUGAGAAUCUCUACAGCGUCUACAAUUCAUUCAAGUUUUACUAUAGAUUGAUGGUCAGCAGUGAAGAUAGAGCAGAGUUUCAUGUGGAUACUGAAGGGUUAAAGAAUGUGACCCUAAAGGACCUGGCCCCUGGCCGAAGGUACUGUGUGAAUGUCAGUAUCAUUGAUCACAGCCCUCCCAAUAGACCAGCAGUAUGUGCCUCCACUCACGAAAGAGCAAAUGUUUCAGAUGCCAUUAUCUCUGUUAUCCUGUGUCUGCUGAUGGUGCUGUUAGUGAUGUGCACACCAAGAUUUGUUUCUCACCGUUUCUGUCUAAAAAGAGAUCUUCCUUCAGUUCUGAGUUCAUUUCAGAGUGGGAAUAAAGUUCUUCUUGUCACUGCUGGUGAAUACACUAACAAUCUCUGUGAGGAGAGAAACUCCAUCGAAAAGAUAAAGACAAACAGAGAGGAAAAUGACAUGGAAGAAGAGGCAGAGGAGGUUCUGAAAUAUGAGAGACUAGCGGCACGCUAUCUGGACACUCAAGGUUCCCCACUCUCUGUUUUUCCAAUGUCCUCUAGCUCUGUUCUGCUUAUGAAUCAAACUCCAGAUACAAGCCUUACGUCUUCCACAGAUGCUCAGAGUGGUAGUCUGAUUGUGUUCGAAGGCAGCCAUAUCCAUACUGAACCAACAGCCUCUCCUAGGCUCCCUAAAGGAGCAAGCGCACGUCAGAAUUUAAGUUCUGUUUUUCCCACACACGUGGAGAAUGAAGACAGAGAGAGCAGUGCAGAUGUAAACCUGUUUUCUGUGAUGUUAGGAGGAGUUUCUGAUAAAGCUGAACCUGAUAAAACCUGCACUACGGAAGAUGUGCAGGACUCAUGUCCUCGGCACCUGUUACAGACUUGUGCUACAUCCACCUGGAUUUCUGAUUCACAGUCCCAAAACUCUCAAAAGUCCAUUCAGAUGAACGUUUUAGAGGAAGAAGAUGAUGAUGAUGAUUUAGGGUACUUAAGUCGAAAUUAGAUUCCUGAGGAAUCGAACAGUCUUUUACAGACUGGAGUAGAUAUGGGAAUCUAAAAGCACACGCAAGCAUUCUAAAAAUUCUGCUAAUACAGAGAGAUGUAUACUGUAUUUUUAUACUUUAUUGAUUUUUUUUCGUAUUUUAAGUGUUUUUAUUAUUAUUCUUAUUAUUAUCUUUCAAUACGCAUUUCAGUCUGAUGGAGAUCAUGGCAUACCAACAUGUAUUACUCUUAUUUGUCUGGAUGAGGAACAAGUGUUUACUGGCAGACAUGUUGACCCGGCACCAAGUUUUCUUAGGGGAAACACUAUGCUCUUAGGCAUUUCCAAGUGAAUGAAGAUGUGAAUUAGUGUAGUGAUGAAAUAUUUUUCAUUAACAAAACAUCUAAGUUGUCAUCUCAGUCCUGUGGUCAUUCUUACACAAUGUGAAUGCAAUUAAUAGCACCACGGGCCAGGCAGGAUUUGGAAAUGGGUGUAAUGGCAAAACUGUUUUUCAUCAAAUGAAUAUGAGUUUUUACUACUAAGAAUACAAAUGUAAAAUGCUGUAAUUUGAAUUCUUAAUAGUAAGAAAUAAACUGGAGAGCUCUCUAAUUCAAAUGUAAUAGUAGUACUAGUAAUAAUCAAAUUACUGAUGAGAAUUUAGCUCUCUGGUGGACACAGUGCCAGUAACAGCACUAUAGAGUGGAACAGUCCGUUUCUCAAAGUAAAAAAGCACUUUAUUUUCUCCAUAGGAAAAUAGAUUUUUAAUGAACUUAAAAGUGUUGGAUUAACUUCCUAUUUUCACUCAAUUACCACUGAAAGAAAUCGGCAUCUAAAAUAAUGUUACAGCAUCUUGAUCAAGUCUUGACUAAUAUUUGACUUCAAACUGAUAUCAAGGUGCCUGCUGGGAUAUUGUUUCUACAAUCAACAACUUUAAAUGGAUAAUUUUUAAUUUGUCAUUUGCAAUGGUUCAUGGGAUUGUAGUUCUUUCCCUCAUUAAAGCAUCGGGGCUCCCUGUUAAAAAUCGUGUUGUGGGGGGGGUGUUAAAUACACGUUUUUGGCAGGGUUCCCCUGGUAAAAUUCGCACUCCAGGGGCUAAAUAUCACUUUAUCGGAGUCGCUUCAAC